AUGCCUUAUCCCGAGGAAGCUCAGGGUUUCAUGAUUGAUGGGCCUGCAAACUGGACCUCCUUCCAAAAGCGUUCAUUCCCGUUGAAACCAUUUGGCGAGAGCGACGUUGACGUGAAGGUCGAGGCAUGUGGUAUUUGCGGAAGUGACGUUCACACGGCCAGCGGUGGUUGGGGGCCUAUGCAUUUUCCAUUGUGCUGUGGACAUGAAAUCGUUGGAACCGCUAUUAGAAUAGGACCUAAAGUCACAAACAUCAAACAAGGACAAAGAGUUGGCGUGGGAGCACAGGUCUAUUCCUGCGGCGAGUGCAAGCAAUGCAAGAACAACAACGAGACUUAUUGCCCCAAUAUUAUAAUCGACACGUACGGUUCCAAGUGGCCCGACACUGGUAUCAUUAGCCAGGGUGGUUACUCUUCACAUGUGCGCGCUCAUGAGCAUUGGGUUUUCCCGAUUCCGGAGAAAUUAGACACCAACGUUGUCGCUCCCAUGCUAUGCGCCGGUAUCACGGCAUUUUCUCCAUUAGUCCGCAACGGUGCCGGUCCGGGAAAGAAGGUCGGUAUCGUGGGCAUGGGAGGAAUUGGGCACCUUGGUAUUAUGUUUGCGAAGGCCUUAGGUGCUGAAACCUGGGCCAUCUCCCGCACCCGAGCAAAGGAGGCAGAUGCUCGAAAAUUGGGAGCUGAUGGGUUUAUUGCAACUAGCGAAGAGGGAUGGGACCAACAGCACCGUUUUUCCUUCGACCUUAUUGUGAACUGUGCCAACUCAUCGCGGAAUUUCGACCUGGCCAGAUAUCUUUCCAUGAUGGACGUGCACGGCCGGUGGGUGAGUGUUGGUCUACCAGAAGAAGAGGGACAAAUCAUCAAAGCGCAGAAUCUGAUCGACAACGGCGUCUUGAUUGGUGCUAGCCAUCUUGGAAGUCGUAAGGAAAUGCUUCAAAUGCUUGAUUUGGCUGCAGAGAAGAAUCUUGGGACGUGGGUUGAAACGAUCGACAUAAACGAAGAGAAUCUCAAGGAGGCGAUGCUUCGGAUGAAGAAGGGAGACGUUCACUAUCGAUUCACACUGACUGGCUUCGACGAGGCAUUUCCAUAG